AUGACAUCUUUCGGCGCUAAUGUUGUUCAAGAAGGUGGGUUUAUGCCAAAUUUCGAAGUUCAGGGACAGGUUUACCAUAGGAUAGGCUCGCUCAAACUUGCUGAAAAUCAAGAUCCUCAAUUCCUUCAACUGUACUUUGUAGGUAAUUUACAUGAACAAGCCACCCGACGAAACUCCAUUUCCAAUGGCACUAAAUUUCAAUUGAUAAUGCAACUACAAGAUCUUCUGCACCAGACAAACAGCUACGUACGCAGCUUCAAGUAUGCCUUGGAAACAGAAGCUUCUUCUAAUUUCAAUGUUAUCAUAGAUGCUCAGAAAAGACCAUCUACAGAACAUGGCAAAUCUUCGGACCCAUACAAUGUGACAUGUACACAAUCGAAUGGCAUGAGCCUUCCACAUGCUCAUGUCCUGCUUUGGCUCUCAACGAAGAUCAAAUCAACUGACAUCGACAACAUAAUCUCUGCAGAACUUCCUGAUCCAGCUUUAGACAAAGUACUAUACGACAUAGUAAAAGCAAACAUGGUGCAUGGUCCAUGUGGGUGUGGAUUCAAUAUUACCUCACCAUGUUUGAAAGGCAGCGUAUGUUCAAAAAAGUUUCCAAGGAAGUUCCUACAACAAGCUCAAACAGGUGCUGGUGGGUAUCCAUCAUACAGACGGAGAAAACCACAAGACGGCAGUGUCACAGCAACUAUCGGACAGCACGCGGUUGAUAAUAGAUGGAUUGUUCUCUACUGCCCACUCCUGUCAAAGAUUUUCAAUGACCAGAUUAACGUUGAAUUUUGCAACUCCGUUAAGUCCAUCAAGUAUGUUUGCAAGUAUGUGAACAAGGGUUCUGACGCUGCAAUGUUUGCACUUCAACAACAAUACUGCCACGAUGAGGUGACGCACUAUCAGACAUGCGAACUGUGUGAUCCUGCAACUUUAUGGCUCAAGUACAGGGACAACCUGGCUGAAGACUUUCACCGGCAAGCUCAACGGCUCUAUCCUGACAUGGAGAGUAUCAGCAAUGAAGUCUACAACAAAACUCUCAUUGACAUUGAAGACAGAAUUGCCACACUGGGUGGUAAUGAAUUGUCCACAUAUGGCCUGCCACAAACAUUCAGGUCAGGGUCAAAUAGCCUUCCCACUGCUGUCAUUCGUGAAACAUCUUACGACAUUCAAGCGCUUUCAGAGUACAUUGCUGAAAACGAGCAUAAAUUACUUCCGGACCAGCUGCAGGCUUAG